AUGGCUGACACCGAAGUGGACGCUGUCACUAUGCUCACCCAAAUCAUCGCACUGCAAGACAGCACCUACUCCACUUCGGCAGUCCCCAGAGACGUCCCACCUCGUCAGAAACCGUCCUACGGAAUCGCCAUCCACCAGCUCGACGAUCUCAAGACCAAGAACAUCUUCAACCUCGACGAUCUCGAGACACUUCAGAUCGAGAUCGACAGACACCUCGCUGAAUGCAACGAUCAUCAUUUCCAGAUCACCCAGUACAGAUUGGCCUUUGGCGCCGGCAACUCUCCAAUCUUCACCUGUCCCGACGGUAGUCUCAAUCACGACAACUCAGUCAAACUCGACUUGGCCACCAGAGUGCUGAAGUUCGACACCAACAGAGCUAAAUCGCUUACCACUUUCUACUCUGCACAGAAGGAGUUCUUCACGUUGAUUGAAAAGUUCAAAGAGGUGGAGAUGGAGAUUCAGGAGCUGUUGCGUGAUCUCAUCGAGCAUGGUAUCACUUCCCAGAACUUUCGCGACGAGAUGCAGGAAUCAGAGGCCAGAAUGGUUAUCAUCGAAGAGUCACGAGUCAGAAGAAUGGAAGGCUGUCUCGAGUGGUUGAUUAGCGUUCACCCGCUCCUAUCUGCCAUUGCACCUACCGUCUCGUCUUCAUCAAACUUUGUCAAGAUCCUUCUUCAUUCGUUAGCCGUCUUUCACACGACACAACCUACGUGUGCGAACUACUUACUUGCUUCUCAACAGCUCUACCGCUCCUUUACAACCUCUGCAGCUCUGCCACUCCUCUACAAAGUCUUCAGCAUCACACCUCCGAGAGUUACCAUGGAUAUACCAGCCAUACAAGACAAUACUGCAGCCGCGAAGACUGUAAUCCCUCAAGUCAAAAACGAUGAACAAUCGAGCCCAGAGAUGAGCCAAACUUUUCUGGCGCGUUUCAAGAAUCCUGAGGUGCAGAACAAAACCCGUGAACAACUGGAAGCUCUGGUACAACGCUACCAAAGAAUGGAAGACGAACGCCUUCGGAUGGUCGCUGAGGCAAGAACUCUUGUCGCGAGGCGAGAUGUACUCCACACGAGCAUCAUGUUGAUGCAGAUGUUCCACGCUCUGGAUGUGGCAGGACUUCCGAAGACUGAUGUUCUCACGGACCUGUCGGCUGAACAACUCCAUCGACUCAAUGAAGUACUUAGAGACGACGGUGAUUUGGGCAGGAUGACUUGGGAGCUCUACCAGAUACAUAAGAGGAUGCGUGCAUGCUACGAUUUCGCGGAGGAGCUCAUGAGUUUUCGGGAGGAGCACUUUCACCUACGAAAAGAGCAAGAGGAUACAUGGAACAAGAUGACGAAUGCGAUCGUAGCUGGACCACUCCUCAGGAAGUUCAGGAUGGAAGAUACCGGUGAUCUGGCUGGCCGUGGCGACACCACUUCAGAGAACUCAAGAUUUCCACGUGGUGAUCUCAUCCAAGACAAGGCCAAAGACAUGGUGGCAUCGAAUCUGGUCACACGCAUCAAGGACUACAAACUCACCGGACUCGCACUCGCUAUGGAGAAUGACAGAAAGGCCGGUGAAGCAACUUGGGCGCUAUAUCAGAUACAAAAGAAGUUGUACAACUACUGCAAUGCCUGCGAAGAUCUCGUUACUAUUCUCAAAGAGCAUUUCGUGUGCAAGGAUGAGGAUGAAGUUCAAGACCGGAUCGAAAGGCUCGAAUUCGUCAAGAUCCGCCGCUAUCUCACCAGAGCAUUGAGCCGUAGAGUGGUCGAGUCACACAACCGCCUCAUUGCGAUAUGGGACGAAUUCUCUUGA